GACUGCAGUCUCUUAGGAAACUAUCAUAUUACCCACCCCUUUCUUCCUUCCUUCAUAGAGCAACAACAAACAAAGAACAAAGUUUCGGCGGCUUCGCAAAUGGGAAGCGAAAUCAAUCUGGGUGGACGUUCUUACGAUCUGGCCAUGUCGAAGAGAACCAGAAAGCCAUUGAAACUCGAAGAGACCAUCAGCGAUAUUUCAGUUACAGGCUUUGCCCGAAGUCAAGGCUCGGAAGCUUUUCUUGAUCAAGAGAAAGGGAUCACCGUAGAAGAAUUGGCAAGUGACCGUCAAAGCUUGAAGCAACUCAUUAAUAGCGAGGGAAAACCACCGCUCGAAUCGGGUGAGGAGAGACGGCGGAGUUCACUUGGCCACCACUUCACCGAAGAAGCAGUAACGCAACUUCAAGUGGUCAGGGUCAGGGCGAAGCAGAGACAGGGUGGUGCCGAAGGGAUGAAACUCAAGGGAAUGGUUAGUCGUUGUGCGAAGGUUUUGAGCCAAUUAAUUAAGGGACACCCACCACCCGCAGGAGGAUCCAAGAAACAGCUCAUCCUCCGUCUCACCAACUGAAGCUCUCUUCGAGCCACUUAGGGGAGGUCGUGUUCGGGGUAAUCAUGGAAAUAGCCUCUCUAUAUUUCUAGCUAAAGCUGUCACCUCUGCCCUUUUCAGAACUCUACGAUGGCACUACUCUCAUUUACGACGUACCAUAUAAAAAAUUGCUAGUUCUUAGUCCAUUUUCCUACAGGUACAUAAGAUAUGAGGGGAGCGGAUGCCACUCGAAAUCUAGGACCUCGAUAUUGAGAUAGAGAGGUUUCUGUCGGCUGGACACAAAACUAGCCAACUUAGCAUGCUAGGCUGGCUACUUUUGCAUGUAUUGUGUGGGCUACAUUCUCGCGGAUGAGCUGCUUUCUUGUCAAAUGAGCCGUUAAUCGUUUAUUUUUUUACUGGCAUUUUGGUUGC